AUGGCUUCCUUAGAGAGGACACUCGGCGUCACGCCGCCCAUCACGACAACUCUGCCCACCCCCGACGAGGUCAAAUCGACAGAGGCGCUCUUGGAAGAGCUCAAGCGUCAGGGCACCUUCGAGUCACCCGACGAGACAACCAAACGAAACAAGGUUCUCGAUGAUUUACAGCGCAUCACUGAUGAAUUCGUCCGCCGCAUUGCCAAGAAGAAGGAACCACAUAACACGGCCCUAAUCCGAGAAGCUCGUGGAGAAGUCUUCACAUACGGUAGUUUCUGUCUUGGUGUCUACGGCCCCGGCUCCGAUAUUGAUACUCUCGUCUGCGCUCCGAAAUAUGUGACCCGCCAGCAUUACUUUGAAGACUUUCCUGGCAUCCUUGUCGAGAUGGCCCCCAAGGGUGCCAUUACCGAUCUGACGCCCGUCCAGGACGCCUUUGUUCCCAUCAUCAAGUUCGAGUAUUGGGGUAUUAGCAUUGAUCUAAUUUUCGCCCGCAUUGCCACUCUUACGCAGUUCCCACCCCAUAAAGAGUUGUUUCUCACCGAAAACAAGUACCUACGGGGACUCGACGAGGCUGAGCUUCGCUCCGUCAACGGAACCCGUGUCACCAACGAGAUACUGAAUCUUGUUCCUGAGAAGGCGACGUUCCGUCUGGCAUUGCGUGCGAUUAAGCUGUGGGCUCAGCGACGUGCCAUAUAUGCAAAUAUUAUUGGUUUUCCUGGAGGAGUCGUCUGGGCCAUGUUGGUGGCGAGAAUAUGCCAGCUAUAUCCAAAGGCUGCCGCGGCUGUCAUCGUUGCCAGAUUCUUUGUCAUCAUUGGACAAUGGCCUUGGCCAUCGCCUGUCAUGUUGAAGCACAUGGAGGAUGGUCCUCUCAACGUGCGCGUCUGGAACCCCAAGGUGUACAAGGGUGAUAGCUUCCAUUUGAUGCCCGUCAUUACUCCUGCAUAUCCCCAGAUGUGUGCAACGUUCAACAUUACGCAUUCCAAUAAGGCCAUUAUACAACGAGAGCUGCAACGCGCAAAGGGCAUUGCAAGCGAGAUCUUGUUAGGUGUGCUCCCGUGGGAGCAUCUGUUUGUCAAACACACCUUCUUCACAAACGGCUACAAAUACUACUUGGCUGUGGUUGUUACAUCCAAGGACAAGGAAGCCCACAAAAUCUGGUCUGGUUUCGUCGAAAGCAAAGUAAGAGUGCUAGUCGCCAGUGUAGAACGCCAUGCUUCCAUCGCAAUUGCACAUCCUUUUAACAAGGGCUUUGAUCGUCUGCACAAGGUGGGCAACGAGGACCAGCUGAGCGACGUCAUCGAUGGGAAGCUAGACUACGUAUGCAAGGAGGAGGAGCAGGAGUCGGAAGGCCAGGCUGCUCAAAGCGGUGCCAUCAAGAACGAAACCGUGGAGACGAAACCGCAAAUCGGAAACGGAGUUACUCCCACCACGUCACCUGCCGAACCUGCCCUACGUAUCAAGCCAGACCCAGAAAGCGAGACAAAGGUGGGAUUAGCAGAUCUCCCUGUGAAAGCAGAUCCCGAAAGCGAAAUGAAGGUGAAAUUGGAAGACCUGCCUGUCCAAGGCGGUAAGGUGUUUACGACUACCCACUACAUUGGUCUUGAGCUUGCGGAAGGUGCCAAAUCUCUGGAUCUCUCGUUCCAGGUCAAUGAAUUCAAAGACCUCUGCUUCAGUUGGGAUAAGUAUCAGGCUGAGCUGAACUUCUUGAGCAUCCAGCACGUAAGGAACAUUAACCUCCCCGACGAUGUGUUCGAACCCGGCGAAGUCAAGCCCACUCGUCCGCUUAAGAGAGCGGGCGCAGCCAACGGAGCUGCAGUGCCAAAGAAUGUCAAGCGGCCCAACCCAUCGCCGGCAGAUGACCAACCGUCUGCCAAACGACAGCAGCCAACAGCAGCAGGCUGA